GGUGACCGGGCCCAGAACGGAUCCGUUAUUCAAGAAAUGGCAUGCUGCUCUGCCAAGGGAAUGGCGUGAGCCCAGUUAACGCAGGAUCCCCCACCCCCAGUCACCGGAUCACACGGCGGCAGCUGGUCCCAGGUGCUAUUUUCACUCUGCUUUUAUAAAGUGGUUGGCAGCAGUCGGCUGCACCAUGAAACAGACACAGUUGCAGAGCCCGUCCCAGAUCCCAGCUCAGUCCCCCGCCUUAGACACCCAGCCAGGUCCACCAUGAAGUCCACAGGGAGCGAACAGGGUGCCACGCCGGACGGUUUCCCCUCCGACCUGGACGAGCUGGAUAGUGGAAGCGAGGAGAGCUCCGACAACAAGUCGACGAGCGGUGGCUGUAGCCCCCAGGGAGAGUGCCGGGAGGGAGCCAGGCAGAGGGAGGGGGGGUACAGCAGCCGUCUGCCGGGCGUUAGCAAACAGAGACAGGCAGCCAACGCGCGGGAACGGGACAGGACCCACAGCGUGAACACGGCGUUCACCYCGCUGCGCACCCUCAUCCCCACAGAACCGGCAGACAGGAAACUGUCCAAGAUCGAGACGCUGCGCCUGGCGUCCAGCUACAUCUCCCACCUUGCCAACGUGCUGCUGCUGGGGGACGAGUGUUUGGACGGGCAGCCCUGUCUCAGGUACCACAGCAUCUUGCAGAGCAGCACCAACAUCAACAGCAGCAGCCCCCCCCUCAGGCCCAUAUGCACUUUCUGUCUCAGUAACCAGAGGAAAACGCUCAGAGAUGGAGAAAAGCACACAGCCAUCUGACAUGGUCACAACAAGGAUGCAUACCAAGUCGCACGGAUGUUUACAUGUACCUACGAGUGAAAAAAAAGAUAUAACUUUUUACAUAUUUUUGCUAAAUCUUAGGACAAACCCCCCCCCCC